AUUGACACCAUGGAGAUGAAAGAGCCACUCUGUCUGAUUGCGUGCACAACAAAUAAUAAACUGAUGGUGAACCAGGAGGCCCUGAAGAUCCUGAGCUCCUUUGAGCAGCCUGUGGUGGUGGUGUCCAUUGUGGGCAAAUACCGCACUGGCAAAUCUUACCUGAUGAACAGACUGGCUGGGAAGAACAAAGGCUUCCCUCUGGGCUGUACUAUCCAGUCUGAGACAAAGGGCAUCUGGAUGUGGUGUGUGCCCCACCCCCACAAAGAUGACCACACACUGGUUCUGCUGGACACAGAGGGUCUGGGGGAUGUGAAGAGGGGAGAUGAGAACUAUGACACAUGGAUCUUCAUAUUGGCUGUCCUUCUGAGCAGCACUUUGAUCUACAACAGCAUGGGCACCAUUGACAAUGAUGCUAUAAUGAAACUGCAGUUUGUGACCACAAUUUCAGACCACAUAAAGGUGAGAUCCAGCUGUAAGGAUGAGGACUCUCAGUAUGCUGAUUUUUUUCCCUCGUUUGUGUGGGUGGUGAGAGACUUCCAUCUGGACCUGAGUAUCGAUGGAAAAUGCAUCCCUCCUGAUGAAUACCUGGAAAACUCUCUCACACUAAAAGAAGGUGAAUCUGAGCAAAUUUCCAGCUAUAACGCUCCACGUGAGUGCAUCAGGAAGUAUUUUCCCAGUCGGAAGUGCUUUGUAUUUAAGCUUCCUGUCCCACAUGGGAAACUGAACACACUGGAGAAACUGAAGAAUGCUGACCUGGAUCCUGUUUUUGUCAAGCAAACGUCUGAAUUCUGCAAUUACAUUCUCAGUUGUGGUGGAAAGACAGUUUUUACUGGGGAGAGCACUAUCACAGGAAGUAUGCUGGCUACAUUGGUGAAGACUUAUGUGGAAGCCAUUCAGAAAGGGCAGGUUCCAUGCCUGGAGAAUGCAGUUGUGGCUCUGUGUCAGUUGAAGAACUUUGCUGCAGUUGAGAAGUCAUACGCCCUCUACAGGCAGCUGCUGGGAGAACGAGUGUUGCUGCCCACUGAGACACAGGAGGAGCUCGACAGAGUUCAUGAGGACUGCAAGAAGGAGGCACUGCAGGAGUUCAUGGCCAGCUCCUUCAAGGAUGACGACCAGCGCUACCAGAAUGAACUCCUGAGUCAUAUAAAUGAUGAAUAUGAGAAAAAAUGUACGGACAACAGAGAUCUCUCCAUGAACCAUUGCACGGAUUUGUUAAACCGGAUUUUUGGCCGUUUGGCCCCAGGGUGCUUCAUCAGAAAAGGAGGUUAUGAAGCUUACAAGGCUAAACAAAAUGCCUUGAUUCAGGAGUACAGAAGAUCACCUGGUAGAGGCAUUGAGGUAUAA